CCCCUAAUAUAAUGGUAGGGGAAACACUGAAUAUAUAAUCUUAUUUAAGACACACUCAACAACUUAAAUUUCAAUAUCUUCAAUAUGACCUUUCUAGGUCAUAUUGUAUAUUUCAGCCAAUAUUUCAGCCAAUUUCCCUAUACUAAUUUCUUUCAGGUUGCACAUUUUUGUAAGAUAUUUUGCUUGUAUGUCCUGCUUCAGCUCAUGGGACAGCAUUUCAGUGAAACUGAGAUCAGGCCAUUUUUCUUCUGUUGGAACCAGUCUGCUGCACAUUUACUCCCAGUUUUCUCAGAGGUAUCAGAUCACAGACAGACACCCCAACACUGUACUGUAGAACUACUUUGUAAAAUAAUCAUUAGUCCUUCAAUGAUUGCAAAUCAGCCAAAUCCGGAGGCAAGGGUGUGAUUACACACCAUCAUAUCCUCUUCACAAAGCUCAUGAACAUUGCAGUUCCGGCAUGGAGCAUUUUAUGCUCCCUCUCUAUUUUUGCAUCCUCCUAGAAUAGGCUUCCUACUUGCCAUACUUCUGCAUCUGAUGAAUGGUUAUUCCUCAGCUGCCUCAUGCUGCUGCUUCCAUGGAGUAUUAGUGUAAAAUAAUAGAGUCAGUAAAAGAAUUGUGGAAGUCCUGACUAAAGUGACUCUAAAGCUCCUAUUGAGACAUUCACAGUCUUGGUGCCUGAGGGCAGUGUAAUGAAACUCUUAAGCCAGACACUGCAAACAAUGUCUUCUGCACACAAUGGCUUUUGCAUUGCUGAGAUUUAUGUUAUCUCUGUUCACUCUGCUCUUGUUUACAUCUCAUUUUUUCUAUCCUAAUAUCUCAUUCGAAGGGGGUUACUACAAAAUACCUGGCAUGAUUGAGAAAGAAUGGCUGUAAGAGUCAAUUGUUUGUAUGUGUUGUUUGUAUAAUCAUUUCUGAUGCUCUAGCAUUGAAGCAGUCUAAAAAUCAGCACUUAAGGUAGUUCUUCAAAGAUUUCGGAUUCUGAUUUUAAAAGUACAGUGCGUAUGUAGCGGGGAGAAUUAUAAAUGUUAAUUUUUGUAGUCAGAAACUCCCAGGACUUGUACAGCUGUAUUCAGCUGUUAAUCAUUGUUACAUUUAAUAUAUCGAAUGAUAUAAAUUUAAUUAAUAAUUUAAUUGUAUCCAUCAAUUCCAUGAUCACACCGCUUUCUUAAUUAAUUCGAUCUUCAAUGUUACAGGCGAUUGCUGUGCUUUGGCACCCUCUAGUGUUUGCUGAUAUGUUAGGGCAGUGAAAAACCUCCCCCUGAAGUUAUGCGUUUCUGAGAAUUUAUGCUUUGAAAAAAAGAAAGUAUAGUGAGACGUGUGCUAUUUAGAUAAUAUUUUUUGGACUUCACCCGAGUAUCAGCCUGCGUUGCAGUUAUUGUUUUAAUUCUAAUGACUAAUGCUGUGUGCUUGUGUCUGUGUGCGUGUGUCUGUGUGUGUGUGCCCUUAAAUGGACUAGUAUCCCUUUCAGGGUGUUCCUCAUCCUGUUCCCUGUAACAGAGCCACAGCAAAGUCACCCGGAUAACCCCAGGUAAUGAGCAAACCAGUCACACCAGGCCCCAUGUUGUUCUGACAGGCCCACAUAGAGAAUAAUCCUCUGCAGAUGAGGUUGUGGAUGGAUGGAAAUGAGGUGAAGCCUCUUUACUCCAUAUUAAGCAGCGUUAGUUAUAGGCUUAACCUUUGACCCUUGAGUAAAUGUCCAGUUGUGUGUGCUUGCUGGCAGGCACAAGGAAUCGGAGGUCAGAGUGACUCUCAGUUCUGCUCACAUGGACUUCCUUGCCACUGGAAUACUCAACAAAAAUAUACCCUUUUUGUGCGAGUACUGUGUACGAGAUGAUAAGCAGGUGCCAUUCACUUUUAUGUUUGAUUGACAUUAACAGUUUUGCUAUAAAUUAACGGGAAUUAAAAUGCUGGAGACCUGAAGGAUUUUUUUCCCGCGUUUGUGGGUGUUUGUGGACGGGAGAGAUGCAGUACAUACUGCAGACAGAGGAAUGGGGGAAGGACAUUUGAGACCUUGAGUAGGAUACUGUGCAGUUUGGUACCUGACCCAAAAACUCAACAUGAUCAAAAUCACCAGUUCUGGCAGCUGGAGCGAAUCCUGAAUCAUCCUGGGUCCUGAAGCCAGAAUGACUUUAUUGUAAAUGACAGCAUCUCUGGGUCAGAAAUCAUGGUCUGGUGUUCACCCUCAUGGAGACCCACCACACAAUUUGUGCAUUGUGGUGACAUGUAAAUCCAUCCCCUUAACUUGAUAAUUUGUGUAGCUCAGUGGAAGGCAGAAUGGAAAGUGGAAAGACAGAAGAUGCAAUGGUGUGAUAAAUAGUCAAAAUAUUGUAGUGUACUAUGGAAUAGGUGUGGUAAACUGAGAUUAAAUAAAGCGUAAUGCCAAAAAUGCUGGGUGUUUCUACAACUUUGGCCAUUAGUAUAAGCUAAUGGUAUUUCAAGUCCCAGUAAUAUAUUGCAAUGUGUUUUAUAAUAUAAGAUUUCUUACUCAAACAAUAAUAAACAUUUAAUUUCUAGCAUUAUUUCAGUCUUUUACACUGCUGACGCAGUGUGAUUAUUUUAGGGAUUAAUGGCACGAGAUCCCAUCAGAGAAGGCACACAGCAGUUGUGUUGUCAGGCUCUGCAGUGUGAAGCUGUCCGUCUUUACAGGGAGGAUAAUGCCUGGAUAAUCGUAGCCUGGAAGGUCUCCAGCUGCAGCUCUAAAAGCCAUAGACUGCAGAAUAGGCUGGAACUGUACUGAGAACUUUGUUUGUUUAGACACAAGGUAUGAAUCCUGGUGAAAAUCAUGUAUGCGGCAGAAAGGGGUAAAGGCUGACUGCAUGUAUGAUUUGUGAUGCAAGUUAUGAGUUCAUCCUUCAUGAAAAAGGAUUAAUGGUAAAUAGUGCAUUCAGUGACCCCCCACCCCACAAACACACACACUUUUCCUCCUGAAGUCACGCACAGACACGGUGGAGUUUCUAAUCUGGACACAUUUAUCCAGGUAAUCAGCUCUCGCAGUCUUACUGACACAUCCCCAAGGGUGGGACAAGCUGCAGUUGGUCACAUCUCCCCGGUGUAGAGCAGAAAGGUACAGUAGAACUUCCCCAGCGAAAAAGCAGGAUUUGUUUCCCCAGUAUCCCCCAGCCAGCUGUGAUCAAGGUAAGACGAACACGCUUUACUUCCUUUCUUUCUUUCAGGUCUUCACAGACAGCUGCCAUUUUCUGCGGAAAAUUCCCCAGCAGUGUCUACAGUAGCUUAUGCCUAACAUAAUAAAUGGAACUUUGGUACCGCUUCACAAUAAGGCUACCCAUAUGAAGAGUUUAUGAAUGGUUUAUAAUCUGGUUAUUAAUUAGGUUGUAACACUUUGUAAAUUAUUAAUAGACAAUUUGAUACAAGUUAUAACAGUUUUCUUUUCCCAGUGGCACAAGGGAGCCUUAUUGUACAGUGGUACUGGAACUUUUCUAGGCAUGACUUGUGUUCUAGUGCUGGCCAGUGGGUAGUGGUUGAAAAUGAACUGGUAACCAUGAAUGUUGCCUGUUCAAGCCUUAUUGGAACUAACCAAGCGCACAUGAGGGAGAAACUGUACUGCAGUGAAAAUAUACAGCCUUGAGUUAAGUUGCUUUGUAGGUUAACAAGACAUGCAGCUUUUUCUGUGGAAUGUUGCAAAAAGAAAUUAGUAAGAAACUACUGGUAUGUAGGGGUAUGUGUCUGUUUUCGCUUUUGCCUUCCUUGUCAUGGUGUGUGAGUGUCUGAUUAGUUAUACUGCUCAUAUCAAACGUGUAUCUGACUAAGUUUCAUCGUUGAUGAAUUGGAGAUAUUUCAAAUCACAGAAAAGAGUAUUGGGGCAAAAAAAUUAAUCUCAAAAUGUUUGUUUUGCCCCUACGACUCCUCCAUUGAAAACACAUUAUUAAAAGUGAAAAGUGCAAAAGUAGUGUAAGUAGAUUGAAAGUUCAAGACCACUUCAGUGGAUUCAGAUUUUGAACUGAUCUGGGCAUUUAUCUGUAGGUGACUGGAUUUUUUGGACUGUGUGUCUUGCCUUGUAUGAGCUGUAAAAUGUAAAACAUAUAUUUUUUGUACAUAGAAGAGUAUGUAGAGAGAUGGGCAAAAAUACAUCGAAUGUAUUCUGAUACAAAAAACAAAAUACCCCAUUUGUAAGUGCAUCAAAAUAAACUACAGUAUGUUGUAUUUUAAAAAUACAAAACUAUGUUUCACAUCCUUCUAUUCUAUAUCAGCUUGUUCCUCCACAAGUUCCCUGACCAUUGCAAUGCCUGAAAACUACUACUUGUGUUUGCACGAACAUUUGUUACACGUCAUCACGCAUGCAUUAUGAAGAAAGUAUUUUUUGUAUUUUCAAAAGACAAAAAUACUGAACAUCAAAGUAUGUUGAUACAAACUUCAUUGUCAUCAAGUCAAAUACAUAUUACAAAAUGCUAUUUUGUAUUGAAAUACAUAUUUUGAAGACAUGUAUCAGAAAUACUGCCCAUCCCUGUGUAUGUAGAAUAUGUAAUAUGUGAAUUUCUGCACAAAUAUAAAACAAGCAGUAUAUUCACGCGCUUGUUCACGUAACGGCUUUUGUGGAGAAGCAUGUCUGAGAAGAAGGCAGGAGCUGCUGCUGCUGCUGCUGGGGCUGGAACAUCUGGGGAAGCUUCCACAUCUCAGCCCAAGAAGACCAAGAAGACGAAGAAGACCAGUGAAAGCGCCAUAGCUAAGAUGUACUCUCCCCUGCUGAACUCACUCUUUGGUCAGGAACGGCAAUUGGUACCUGAGGAAUUGGAUGAGUUAAGUGAGGCCUUUAAAGAGUUCGACUAUGACCAGGAUGGCUACCUGAACUAUAAAGACGUGGCUGACUGUAUGAGGACCAUGGGCUACAUGCCCACGGAGAUGGAACUCAUUGAAAUCAUCCAGCAGAUCAAGAUGAGACUGGGAGGUCUGAUUGACUUUGAUGACUUUUGUGAGCUUAUGGGGCCAAGGAUGAUGGAGGAGACCGCUCACAUGAUGGGGAUUAAGGAGCUCCAGUGUGCUUUCAGACAGUUUGAUUCUGAUGGUGAUGGACUGAUCACCUAUGAUGAGCUGAAGGACGCUAUGAAGUCCCUCCUUGGAGAGAAGCUAAAAAAAGGAGAGCUGGAUGAGAUGCUCAAGGAAAUAGACCUGAACGGAGAUGGGAACGUAGACUUUAAUGAGUUUGUAAUGAUGCUGUCCCGGUAACUGCGGCUGUUACUUGCAGCUGGGCCCCACACCUGCGCAAGCACUACAGAAUUCUGUAUUUGUGAUUUUUGUGACUAUAUGGCUGUUCUGCAGUUCUGAGAAGUGUUUCUGUCUUUCCGUACGUGACUGGUAUUGAAGCUUGUAAGAUCCAUAUGAUACACCUGUUACUGUGUACGGUUCUCUUAGAAACCCAUUAGAAACGGUUUUUAAAAAGCAUUAUGAAAUAAGAGGCACCAAAGAUAUUGGCAUUUUUGGCUGGAAAUUACAAUUGUUACACUCCUAGAUUAGAUAUGGAGAGAUUGGAACCUGACCAUGGAAGCGCAGGGCAGGGGAAAGCCCAGGAAAGGAGGCCGGCCCGUCACAGUGCACAUACUGGGAAACAUGCAGAGCUGGGGACAGAGAUGGAACCUGCAACCCAUGAAGCGUAGCAUGCUACCCAUUACACCAAGCCAUAGUUAAAUUGUUGUGAUAUAGUGUAUCAUUGUGUUAUAGCGUACUGUUGUAUAUUAUAGACAGUAUUAUAGAAAGUUGAUUA